AUGGCGUGCUCUUUGGAAGGAUUAACGACUCCCCAAGGCAAGCACGUCUCUUUCGACGAUAUCAAGGCAAUACUAGCAUCUGUCGAUACCGGCCAGCCGUUCAAAGUCCGCAUCGACAACAGAAAAACCGAGAACGAUCAGAAGCGAGUCCAUCUCCAGAUCUAUAGUGACAGUGACAUCACCAUCGAUACGAAUAAUCCUGGCAGCAAGCGCGUGGAGCAUAUUAACAAGCCUUACGAUAGUCGUGAGUUGGUGAAACAACUUCAAAGCCUGCAGCUAGACGAUGAGCUCGUUUUGAAGGAAGUCUUGAACAGUUCUCAGCCAAAGGUUCUCAGCCAGCUCACUGCGGCCCACAAAAACAACAGCAUGAUUCCACUGGUCACCGCAAAGGAUGGCCGGGUAUUCUUGAUCUCAGCUAGGUCGCUGGCCUACAGUGAAUGGGCCGGCGAGUACCCAAUGGAAUUCUCGAACGAUUCCGUGCGCAAGCUCAGCGAUCCCGCUCUUGCCACUGACAGCAUCACACCGUACCGAAGAGCCGCUCUCAUGAAGAUAGUGGCAGCGGUAAGCCGCACUGAAGACUCGCGCGAGUUCCGGAAAUCGGUGGAAGCCUUGCGCCCGAAAAUCUGGAAUGCUUACAGAGAGGUGAUCGCGGAGCCCGUGGACCUCAGCACCAUACACUACGCGCUUUUUCACAGCAGGUACGGGACCAUGGCAGACUUCAGACGCCACGUCGACCUCCUGCAGCAGAACGCCGAGAGGUUCAAUGGCGACCGAAACAAGUUCAUCACCGAAGCAGCUGUCAAGGUCAGAAUGGAAAUUUACCGUCGAAUGGAUGGAAUUCCGGCGGAGAAAACGUUUGACGGGAGGAAUGGGACUAAGGUCCGCCGAAUUGUCUACGCCGAGGACGAUGACGAUGGCGUUGUUGCUGACAACGAUAUUGAGGAUGAUGACAUCGAUGAUUUCAUUGUCUCCGAUGGUACUGUCAGUACUGAUGGUGCUUCUGGAAAUGAGGAUGGAGAAAGUUUUCAAGAAGAAACCCCUCAUGAAGAAGCCUCUAGAUCCAACUCUGCGCCCGACGGCGUGGGCCACUCUACCUUGGUCUUGCCGCUGGGUAGGCUGUGCGUCGCCCGCAACGCAGAAGACGAUGAAGCCAUCAUUACGCCCUACAUUGUUGUCAUGGAGAUUGAAACUCCCCUCAAAGUCUUGUGGUUAGUCAGGGACGAUUACACCCCGGUCGGUCUUCCCGAAGACAAGAAGACGUUGCUGGACUUCGGGGGCAGGUACAACUUCACGCUCGGCAAGCUGGCCGACGACAUCGGUCAAUGGAGAGUCCGCGACGGCCCCGGCUCUCGAGCAGGGCGCGGUGUGCAAACUAUGCAGAGCCCCACGUUAAGCUGGGCACACGUACAGAGGUCCAUCCGACAGUCAAGUGAGACCGAACCAGUCAUCUUCGAUCUGGUGAAUACAGAAAAGGCGACCACGGCAAUGGAGAAGGGUUGGAUCACGCUACCGGAAUGUUAUGACUCCGGAGACUCAUCUUAUGAUGGUAGUGAAUCGGAUCACCAACGGAGGCGGAACGGGGCCUCAGGCACGAGCCAUGGCGCUCGCAAGCGGAGGGCUCAAAAUAACGACCACUCCGAUGAUGAUACAUAUGACGAGCGGCAGCCCCCGAGGAAAGUGCGGACCAGGUCAGCGACAGGUGCGGCCUUUCAUUCGGCGUAUGCCAUGCGGCAAUAUUAG